UCCGGAGUAAUUUUUAUUGUUUCCAAAUUUGUCCGGUCUUGAUAUUUAGUCAUGUCGUAAAGGAACGUUGUAUGUACGUUGAACCAUGUGCUCCCGAGCACACAUACAUCUCUCUCGUCCUAUCUAUAUCUAUUAGUACUGUUACAGUCAUAUAUGUCCCGCACAGCUUUCUUACCAUUUAUAAAUACACAUGCAACAAUAAAGUGGAUGUUCAGUGUAUUUUGGGUUAUACUGGCAGUUAUUUGCGAACUGUUACAGUAAGAAAGCUACGGCGACUUCAUGAUGGCUUCAACAGAUAUGGAUAAAGAUCUGCGGACAGACAGACCCUUAACUGAGAAGGGACAAAGUAUGUACGAGUCUUCGGUAGACAAAUACCUAAACAGAUUAAAUGAACAAUGGAAGAACAUUGAACUGAUUAUCAGCACCAUAGACAACAGUGCAAGAUAUUCUGUGUUGUGCCAGUUUGAAGAUGAACUUGAGCAAGGUCACGCAAAACUAACUUUGAUUAAGGAUGACUUUGUUAGAUAUCUCAACAGAACAAAGACAACUGAAAGCCAAGAGUGUUUGGCAAAGUUAACAACAACUUUUGAUGAAAAGACUAACACACUAGAAGAAGCGUUUCAACAAAUCAGCCAUUUAAAAGGAGAGAAAUUGGAAACCGCCUCAGUGUUUUCGCACAGACCCUGGUCAACUGGAUCACGCAUGGACACUGCCGUAGCCGCCCAACGAGCAAAAGCCCAAGCAGCAAAGAUCAGGCUAAAGUACGCGGAAGAAGAGAACCUCGUGUUAAAGAAGAUGGCUCAGCUCGAGGAGCAGGAGAAAAAAGAGAAAGCUAACAUGGAGAGAUCAAAGGCUGAAUUUGAAGCAGAUUUACAACUCCUAUCUGUCAAGAAAGAAGCAGCUACAGCAGAGGCAGAGUUACAUGUUUUCCAAGAAGAAGAUCAAGGAUCUUUGUUCGACGCCUUAUCCGACACUGAAAGACAUCACGACUUUACAAGCAGAGGUCAGUUCUUGGAGACUCGGAGAGUAUUGGACUUUAAUACAGUACGGGAGGACAAUCCUAACCGUACGGACUUUCAUCAGUUACCUGAAACACUACCUCUUCAUGCCAAUGCUGUAUCUGAAGUUGGACUACCUAAAUCCAAUAACCCUCCACUACAAGAAUCUACCUCAUCAAGAACACUUAAUCCCCUCAUAUCAGAGUUCAAACCACAGUCCAACCACCAGUCUGGAACAGUGUACACUCAGUUUUCAGAAUUCUCAAAGUUUCUACUGAAAAAGGAACUACUGAUGUCUCGCCUAAAAAACUAUGACGACAAGCCAGAAUCGUUUGCAGCGUGGAAGGCUACAUUCCAAAGUGUCGUGCGGGAGUUAAGUGUUUCAACAGAAGAAGAAGUAGACUUGCUAAUCAAGUAUUUAGGCCCUGAGUCGUCUAAGCAGGCAAACAACAUCAAGAUAGCAAAUUUCAGCAACCCUGGAUUGGGAUUAUCAAGGAUCUGGGAACGUUUAAAUGACAGAUAUGGGUCUCCAGAGAUGGUGGAGUUCGCCCUCAAGCAGAAACUCGCUAAUGUACCGAAACUCACCAACAAAGAUUACAGAAAGCUUUUUGAGCUGAGCGACAUUUUGUCAGAAAUAGAGGCAGUCAAGGACAACGUUGAAUAUUCCACUCUGCUCGCGUACUUCGACACAUCUUCAGGAAUCCUGCCAAUCGUAAACAAACUUCCACAUGCCCUUCAAGAGAAGUGGACAACUCAUGCUGUGAACUUUAAGAAAAAACACAGCGUAUCAUUUCCACCGUUCUCAGUGUUUGUAGAAUUUGUGAGAGACAUUAGUCGUGUGAAAAAUGAUCCUAGUUUUCAGUACGAGACCAAUUCUUAUGCGGCAACUGAGAAAGUGAUUCACCGCACCAAGAACAUUAACAUAGCUACAAAGAAGACAUUUGGUGAAACUAACAAAGAUACUGUUGAGUGUCCUAUCCAUCACGUUAAACAUUCGCUAAACCAAUGUCGCACCUUCCGAGCAAAACCCUUGGAGGAGAGAAGAGCGUUUGUGAAAGACAAUAACAUAUGUUUCAAAUGUUGUGAGACCACAAGCCACGUUAGAAGGUUGUGUAAGAGGGACAUUAAAUGUACAGAGUGUGACAGUGCAACACAUCCCACAGCCUUACACCCUCCAUUGCCACCGUUGACUAUGAAACCCUCAUCGGCCUAUGGCGGGGAGGUCACCCUUGGGAAUUCAAAGCCUGACAUUGAAUCCAAGUGUACUCAAGUUUGCGGAGAUGCACGAUACUACGGCAAGUCCUGUUCAAAAACUGUUCUAGUCCGCGUGUAUCGAGAUGGUCAGCCUGAUGUUGCUGUUAAACUCUAUGCCGUCAUAGAUGACCAAAGCAAUCGAUCCCUUGGGAAAUCGCAUUUACUGGACCUACUAGGAGUUCGUGGUCAGUUGGCAGAAUACAUUCUGACAUCUUGCAGUGGAUCGAUACCUUCACAGGGACGACGUGCAACUGGUUUAGUGGUGGAAUCCUUAGAUGGAACCGUCAGACUGAAGCUUCCAACAGUCAUGGAAUGUGACGGGAUACCUAAUAUAAUUACUGAGAUUCCAACACCAGAAGUGGCCAUGUCCUACCCUCACCUACGGGGUAUAGCACAGCAUAUACCCGCCCUUGAUGAGGAAGCUGAUAUACUACUACUGAUUGGUCGAGAUCUGUUAGAUGCCCACCAUGUCCUCGAGCAACGACUCGGACCAAGAGCAACUCCAUAUGCCCAACGUCUUCGUCUGGGGUGGGUGAUAGUAGGUGAGAGUUGCCUCAACAGAACUCACAAACCAGAAAUAGUGAAUGUGAACAAGAUCCACACCCUUGGAAAUGGCAGACCAUCCAUGUUUGAGCCAUGUGAAAAUGUCUUUGAAACCAAAGAGAUAUUCAGAGACAACGAAGUUCACAACAAUCGUGACAUCUUCGUGAAAACGAAAAAUGACGAUAAGAUAGCAUUAUCCAUUGAAGAUACAGAAUUCCUUAGUCUUAUGGACAAAGAAUUAGAAAAGGACUGCGAGGGAAGCUGGACAGCCCCUCUUCCUUUUAAGAAACAGAGGCCACGAUUGCCAAACAAUCGACCACAAGCCUUGAAACGAGCGAAGAUGUUGACGGACAGUCUUCGUAAGAACCCUACUAAGAAACAACAUUUCACAGAGUUCAUGGAAAAGAUUUUCAGCGAAGGACAUGCGGAACCUGCUCCAGGUCUAGCAAAGGAUCAGGAAUGUUGGUAUCUACCCUUAUUUGGUGUGUACCACCCCCAAAAACCUGAGCAGAUAAGAGGUGUAUUUGACUCCUCUGCGAAAUAUGGAAACAUCUCUCUGAAUGAUGUUCUAAUGUCAGGACCUGAUCUUGCCAAUGGCCUAUUGGGAGUUCUGCUACGCUUCAGACAGCAACCUAUAGCAGUUAUGGCGGACAUCCAGAGGAUGUUUUACUGUUUUAAAGUCAAGGAGCAGCAUAGAGAUUAUUUGAGGUUUCUGUGGCAUAGAGACAACGACGUUGAGAAAGAGAUUAUAGAGUUCAGAAUGUGCGUCCAUGUGUUUGGAAACAGUCCGAGUCCUGCUGUAGCAACGUACGGUUUGAGAAGAACAGCAGAAAUUGCUGAAAACCAGUAUGGGCAUGACGUUCGCAAGUUUGUCGAGAAGAAUUUUUAUGUCGAUGAUGCCUUAACCUCUCUCUCCUCUCCGAAGGAAGCCAUAAGUCUCCUGAAGCGAACACAAGAAGCACUAAGAACAGAAGGCAACUUGCGGCUGCACAAGAUUUGCUCAAAUUCGAGUGAAGUUCUGUCAGCUUUCGAUAAGGAAGAUUUAGCCAAGGACCUCCGGGAUCUUGACUUCAGUCAUGAUGAUCUUCCAUUACAACGGAGCUUAGGAGUGUGCUGGGACCUUCGUAUUGAUAGCUUUACCUUCCGUGUCCAUGUGGAAGAGAAACCCUAUACCAGAAGGGGUGUUCUCUCUGUUGUGAAUGGACUAUAUGACCCUUUGGGAUUCGCGACGCCCGUGACUAUUGGUGGUAAAUUACUGCUACGUGAAGCAAUGGUGGAGCCAGUGGAGUGGGAUCAACCACUGCCAGAUGAUUUCCGGUCUAAAUUCGAUUCUUGGAAAGAAACCCUUAGUGCCUUAGGAGGCGUAAACAUUCCACGCACUUACAACUCCCUUUCAGGGAAAGGAUGUCCUAAGGACUUAUAUGUGUUUACCGACGCGUCAGAGAAAGCCAUUGCGGCAGUGGCGUACCUCAGGACCUUAGAUGAAGACGGCAACUCACAAUUAGGAUUUGUGAUGGGGAAAGCUAAAGUAGCUCCGAAACACGGCCACACUAUUCCGAGAUUGGAACUGUGCGCUGCCGUUUUGGGUGUUGAAAUCUACGAGACCAUUCUUGAUGAACUUGAAUUUGAACUACGGAAAGUGACAUUUUUUACAGACAGUAAAGUAGUGCUUGGCUACAUAAAUAAUGAAACUAAGAGAUUCUACGUUUAUGUCAGGAAUCGUGUCGACAGUAUCAGACGUCUUACACACCCUAGUCAAUGGAACUAUAUACCGACAAAUCUUAACCCGGCAGAUGAUGCUACACGCUCUAUACCUGCAGUGAACUUGCAAACCAGCCUGUGGUUAAAUGGACCCCCAGAAAACUUCCUAGAGCACACAGAUGAGAAAACUUCAUUUCCGCUUGUGUCACCAGGAGAUGACAAGGAAGUUAGGUCAUCGAAAACUGCUGUUGAAUCAGAGGCGACACUCGGAAGUCACCAUUUUGAGAGGUUUUCCACUUGGAGAAGUUUGAAGAGAGCAGUACGUAUUCUCAAGGAGCUUGCGAGAUUCAGAACAACAGACUGCAAACCUACUCGAGUUUCUGAGAAUGAGUCUGAAACCUUCAUUAUCAAGACUCUUCAAGAGGAAGCAUUUCCCAAGGAAAUGACGGCUUUGCGAUCUGGAUUGCCACUCCCAAAGCACAGCAACAUACUUACGCUAUCUCCAUACCUAGAUGAUCUAGGACUACUACGUGUUGGAGGUCGUCUAAGAAAUGCCAAGUUGGACUCAGCACAGAUAAAUCCAGUCAUCAUUCCUAAACACCACGUUACUACCCUAAUUAUACGACAUUAUCACGAAAAAGUCUAUCACCAGGGUCGUCAGAUUACUGAGGGUUCAAUCCGAAAUGCAGGCUUCUGGUUGAUUGGUGCCAAACGGAUAAUUACCUCAUUCAUACAUAACUGUGUUAAGUGUCGUAAGCUGCGUGGUCGUCAAGAAGAACAAAGGAUGGCAGACUUACCUGCAGAAAGACUUGAAGUUGCACCGCCUUUCUCUUAUAUUGGCAUUGAUGUGUUCGGGCCCUGGACAAUAUCUACGAGGAAAACGCGUGGUGGAGAAGUUAACUCCAAGAGAUGGGCACUGAUGAUCACUUGUCUUGUUAUACGUGCCGUCCACAUUGAGGUUCUAGAAGAAAUGACAUCCUCAUGCUUCAUAAAUGCCUUGAGACGUUUCUGUGCUGUCAGAGGUGAGGUGAAGUUGAUCAGAUCGGACUGCGGAACUAAUUUCGUCGGAUCCGUCAAGGAUUUGAAUGCCAUGGUGAUAAGUACAGAAGACCGACCAAUCAAGGAAUACCUAACAGAGAAUGGUAUCAACUGGAUAUUCAAUCCUCCCCACUCCUCCCACAUGGGUGGAGUGUGGGAGAGGAUGAUCGGUGUAGCACGUCGAAUUCUGGAUUCUCUUCUCCUGGAUGUUAAACGUUUGACCCACGAGGUGCUCACCACACUGAUGGCGGAAGUAAUGUCAGUCAUGAAUUCGAGACCCUUGGUGCCAGUGUCACCCGAUCCAGAGCUACCAAUGCCACUGACACCAGCAACUCUCCUUACAAUGAAAACCAAUCAAUCCGUACAGUGCUUCCAGUUAGACAGUUUCUGUCCUAGGGAUCUGUACAAGAAACAGUGGAAGUGUAUCCAGUACCUUGCUGACCAAUUCUGGGUACGCUGGAAAAAUGAAUACCUUCCUACUCUACAGUGUCGCAGAAAAUGGCAACAGGACCGUGAAAAUCUCAAGGAAGGCGAUGUGGUUCUCCUGCGAGACAAAGCACUACACCGGAAUGAUUGGCCAGUCGGGAUCAUUGUAAGAGCCUAUGCAAGUGACGACGGCAAAAUCCGCAAAGUAGACGUUCGCACAGGACAAGACAGAAAAGUGUUUACAAGAUCUGUUAAUGAUGUUGUUUACCUUUUGUCUGAGUAGUGAUUGUUUAUUAUGUACAUGCAUUGUUUGUAUUGUGCCUGAUGCCGGUAACAGCCUAUUGUAAGAGAUGUUGGGUAGAUUUCUUAUUACCAAGUGUAAUUCCUUUUUUACAUCUGUUCAUUUAAAGGUGAUAUCAAACUGAUAUCAGACGGGGAGUGUUCCGUCUCCGGAGUAAUUUUUAUUGUUUCCAAAUUUGUCCGGUCUUGAUAUUUAGUCAUGUCGUAAAGGAACGUUGUAUGUACGUUGAACCAUGUGCUCCCGAGCACACAUACAUCUCUCUCGUCCUAUCUAUAUCUAUUAGUACUGUUACAGUCAUAUAUGUCCCGCACAGCGUAAGUGUUUUUCAUAAUGUUUUCUUCAUUAGAAUUUGUGUAAAUUGAUUAUUCACUACUUUAUACAUGCAAAAAGAUAGUAUUAUUGUUUACAUAGUGUGUAGAGGAAACUCGAAACGAUUUUAGUCUUGAUACGUAACUGAACAAAUUGCACUCUUAUCUCAUUCUAAGUAUAAUAACUUUAUUCUCGAGACUUAUUUCUACGUCUUACACGUGUAAACUUUUUGUAAACAUAUGCUAGAUUAGGUGAGUAUUUUUCAUACAUAGGUAAAAAAUGUGUAUUGCUAGAUUGUGACAUGAUAUUGUGUGUAUUUUAUUUAGUCUGCAUAAGUUACUGUGUAGGAGAUAACUGAGAUCUAUAAAUAGCUAAAUUUGUGUAUUUUGCUCACUUUACUAGAUUUCUAAGAGAAACCUUGUUUGAAUUUUAAAAGUAUGGUCACCAGUACCUGUCAUAAUCCUGUAUGAUUCUAUUGUCUGUUUUGUUAUCAGAGAUUGUAUUGUAAUAUUAUGUUUUGUUAUUUUUUCAGUUUCUUACCAUUUAUAAAUACACAUGCAACAAUAAAGUGGAUGUUCAGUGUAUUUUGGGUUAUACUGGCAGUUAUUUGCGAACUGUUACA